UUUUCUAACAAUCAUUAUAUUUGUUUUAGAAAAUUUUCUAAUAUGGUUUUGUCAGUUUUGUAAGUAUUCUUGAACUUCUUCACGUAAAAUGUCUCCCCCAAUCCUUGUAAACUUCCUACGACGGCUGUGCCCUCAGGCUAGAUGGAAGCAAGAGGCUGCAUUCCGUUUAUCUAUCCUUGUGUUAACCUAUCUCUCCUACAUGUCCUACCAUCUCUCCAGAAAACCAAUAUCUAUUGUGAAGAACGCCAAAGCCUUCCUUGACUGUGAUAUCUCCGAGCACACGGAUCCUAGUAAUGUGUCGUGUAGAUCAUGGAUAACCGAGAUAGACGGGAAGACGGAGAAGGAAGCAAAAACCUAUCUAGGGUUCCUGGAUACAAGUUAUCUCUUCUCAUAUGCGUUCUUCAUGUUCCUUAGUGGUCUGGUCGCGGAGAGAGUCGAUCUCAGGUUCUUCCUCUCCAUCGGUAUGAUGAUGUCUGGUCUACUCACGGUUAUGUUUGGUAUGGCGUACAGUCUCGGCAUACACAGUAUCUGGUAUCUCAUCUUUAUACAGAUCGCCUGCGGAAUGUUCCAGACGACUGGAUGGCCGGGUGUUGUUUCGGUCAUGGCGAACUGGUUCGGAAAGGGAAAGAGAGGGGUUAUCAUGGGAAUAUGGAACUCUCAUACCUCUCUAGGGAACAUUCUUGGUUCUCUGAUUGCCGGAGCUUUUGUGACCACGAACUGGGGAAUGUCGUUCACUGUGCCGGGAAUGAUUAUCGGAGGUCUAGGUUUCCUCAUCUUCCUCUUCCUGGUUCCUAAUCCUGAGGACGUAGAUCUUGUUCCUCCUGUGGAGCAGAGAUCCUCCCAACCUCAGUCCGCUUACGAGGAAGAUGAUCCGCUCAUGAAUGGAAACGCUGAUAAAGAUGAAGAAUCACCUCCUCCCUCCCCAACCCCUCCUCCUGUCCGUUCCCCCCAGUCCGGUUCCCCAGGAGCCAUCGGGUUCUUCGGAGCUCUUCGUAUACCUGGAGUUGUUGAGUUCUCACUUUGUUUAUUUUUCUCCAAGCUAGUGAGCUACACAUUCCUCUACUGGCUCCCCAAUUACAUACACACAAAGUCCCACGUGAAUGCCGAGGAAGCAGCAGUCCUCUCAACAAUAUAUGAUUGGGGUAAUGUGGGUGGAGUCCCUGUUCAUGAUGCCUGCUUCAGCUGGAAUAUCUUGGUUCUCUUCUCUACCGGAAUACUAGUAAAUGGUCCAUACGCUCUCAUUACUACCGCUGUCUCGGCAGAAAUAAUCAACUUCUUAGGUCAGCAUCCGUCCCUACAGGGUUCACACAAAGCUCUGGCAACUGUCACCGCUAUAAUCGACGGAACCGGUUCUAUUGGAGCUGCUAUUGGUCCUCUGCUUGCGGGACCGCUCUCCGGGAACGGGCACUGGGAGCGUGUGUUCUAUAUGUUAAUGGGAGCUGAUAUCCUUGCUCUAAUACUACUUGUCCGACUCACUAAACAUGAGCUGAUCAAACUACGGAGAAAUCGUUGGAGUCUUCGAUCAACUCCAGACUACAGGAGUAUUAAUAAUAGUUAAAUGUCUACUUCUAUUCUCAUUCUAGCAAAAGAUAUCAUCAAAAUAUUUUUCAUUUCCAAAAUUUAAUUUGUUUCGUCCCAAAACUUUGAUUUAUUUUUUUUCUUCUAUUUUUCGUCAUAUUUACUCUACUCCUUCAAAAGAGUCAGGAUACCAUUCCUUCAUACAUAAAUAUCUUUCCAAAAAGUAAAAACAAACUAUUAGAAAAUAAAUUUAACUGUUAGUGUCAAUAAUGGUUUCAAAAUGCGGCAUUAAACGUAUCAUUUUUUUCAACUCAACUUAUCCAUUGAUAUUCCAAACCCUCGGCCUAAACAG